ACACCCUUUUCUCGUGCCACAUGAACGUUAGCAAUUAUCAUACAGAUAUCAAAAUAGAAUUUGUAAGUCUUACAUGACUCCAUGAAACCCAAGUACCAUUGCGAUCAUCUUCUCUUCUUGAACCCUCCCUCUCAUGCUUCACUUGUCCGUCAUGUCUGGGAAAGUUUCCUUCACAUAACGAUGCAAGUCCCUUUAUUUCGAUUAUGUGUUUGUCCAUUCAGUACAAUUCAAAUUUUCCUGCUUGCAAGUCUAGGAAAUGCAGAUUUUACUACCAAGAAUUGGAAUCCUGUACGAGGAAAAAAGUUUACUUUAGCUUGGAGUGGUACUAGUGAUGCGGGUUUAAAAAAUCUUACAUUGAACGAUGCGGAUAGUUCUGGAAUUGAAUUCGCAAUUGUUCAGAAUAUUGCUAGUAUGCUAUCUUCUUCUCGGCCACAUUGUCUCUUCAUACUGUAUACUGACUAUCAUAUGAGCUGAUAUCAAUGGGGGUUCUUUCAUGUGGUUACCAUCAACAUCCAUACCUGAUGGUACAUACGUAGUAAAUCUAUACGAAACGCCAAAUAAGGUUGAUAAGAAUGGUUUGACAUUCAUUGGAAAACCUUUUGUAUUUGGGAAUCCAAGCGCAAAUCAACCUGUUGUUGUGAGCUCACCUACAACUACUGCGGGUGCUGCACAAGUGGUUCACACUAUGACGUCUAUCACGAGCAGUCAGCAACAGGAAAUAACUGUGCUGGAUCCAACUACUAUUUUUAUUAUUCCUACUUCGUCUAGUUCCGCGACGACACAGGCAGACAAAAAUCCAGAGACUCUAUCGACUUCUUCAUUUGUUAUACCAACUUCUGCAGGGAGUUCUUCAGAAAACUUAUCAACCUCUAUUCGAUCCAGUGUACCAUCUACCUUUACAACUAUAGUAAGCCACCGCUUGCCAUACUUGUUAUAAUUUCAUACCUCAACUCAUACUAACAUGCACUAGCCCACCUCUUUACCUAUAUUCACAUCCACAUCUACCUCCCCAUCCUCAACCACAUCCCCCACCACAGCCUCAACCUCAACCUCAACCUCAACCUCAACCUCAACCUCAACCUCAACCUCAACCUCAACCCAAAUCCCAACCCCUUCACAAUCUCCAACACUCACAUCCACCCCUCCCCAAAUCCAUCUCCUCUGUCCUCCACCCCAAAAAACACAGCCAUAAACCUCUCCAUCACAAUAACCUGCAUCUGCAUCCUCCUCCUCUCCCUAAUCUCCAUCUAUCUACUCCAUCGCUACCAAAAAAUUAAAUUGAAGGAAUUGGGUUUGGUGGAUAAUAGAUACAAUAGAUAUAAAUGUUGGUAUAGAUGGGGGAAUGGUAGAAUUGUGAAUGAGGCAGUUGGAAGUCAGGAGAUUGGGAAUGAGAGGAUUGGAAGUGAGAAGAUGUAUUAUGAUGCGCAGAAAAGAAAUUGGGUUUUUAGGGUUAAUAGUAGACCCGUGGAAUUGGAGGGGACGGGAUGCUUGUGAUCUUUAUUGGGUGGAUGAAUGAAUGAAAGAGUGGUUUUGGGGUUCGAAGGUGGGAGUUUUCGAGGUGAGAGGGAGGAG